AUGGCAUCCCAAGUACCUCGCACCCCCGCUGGGCCAUUCGGCUCCUACCGAUCCCCAUAUGCGCCCAAAUACACCGUCCCAACCAAGGUUGCCGGAUUCACUGUCACCCAGGGCAUGAGAAUGAUGCCAAUGGCAGCCGCCUUGGGCACUGCAACCGGUAUCUUCGCCGUUUUCUUCCUUGGAGAUACCCCACGUGUCCGGGAAGAUAUCCUUAUGAACAUUCCUCUUAUCGGAAGUUACUGGGAGAGAUCUAUUGCUCCAGAGGACAACCCAUUCUAA